AUGGAUCAGAUUUACAAUGACCAACACCUCUUUAUUACGGGUGGUACUGGUUUCUUAGCCAAAACACUUAUUGAAAAACUGCUACGAUGUACACCAGAUAUCGCCAAGAUCUAUGUAUUAAUUCGUUCUCGCAAAGGUGUGACACCAACUGAACGUCUCCAGAAAGAAAUUAUUAAAAGUCGUGUCUUUGAUCGAUUGCGUGCUGAACGGACACAGGAUUUUGAAACGUUUGCAGCUGAGAAAUUGCAAGCAAUUGCUGGAGAUAUUACGAUACCGGACUUGGGACUUAGUCCAGAAGAUACGCAAGUACUACGUGCUUCUGUGCAGAUCUCCAUCCACUCGGCAGCUUCAGUACGGUUUGAUGAGCCGCUUGAGGUAGCUGCCGAGAUGAACUGUCUCGGUGCGCUCCAUGUUGCAAGAUUUGUGCAGAGUUGUACUAGGAUUCGUUGCCAUCUGCAUGUAUCAACGGCCUAUGUGAACAGUAAUCUACGCAAUAUCAAGGUCUUGGAGAAGCUGUAUCCACUGGAUUUUGACGUACAUGAUGCUUUGAAAUCAGUUGUGACAGCGACGCCAAGUAAAAUGGAACGUGUCACGAUAAACCUUAUGGGAACGUAUCCUAACACAUACACACUUACCAAGUCCAUGACGGAGCACCUGUUGGUAAGCGAAAUUGCACCCAACAUACCGCUCGUGAUUCAUCGCCCAACGAUUAUCGGUGCAAGUUGGAAGGAGCCCGUACCUGGAUGGAUUGAUCAAAUUGCUGCUGCCGGCGCUAUCUUUCUGGCUGGUGGAAUGGGCGUGUUGACGAUGCUGCCAGGUGACCCAAGAAACGUUGCCGACAUUGUUCCCGUAGAUUUGGCGGUGAACAGUAUUAUGCUCUCUAUCUGCGCAAAGAUUCACGAACACGAGAGCAUACGGUCAUCACAAGAACCGUCCUAUCCGCUGGCCAAGGGUGUGGCAAUAAAUCCACCUAUGGUUGUGCAUUGCGGCACAUCCGAUCCACGACAAAAUCCGCUACGCUGGCGUGUACCAACCAUGGUUGUGCUAGAGUACUUUAAAAAAAAUCCGCCAGCACGCGGACUCUUUCCGGUCAAGUUUUCUAUGAUUCCAACUCACCAAAGCUUUCAAAUUCAAUGGUUUCUUACGUAUACGCUGCCGUCGUCCGUGUAUUCAACACUUGCCAACAAAAGCGGUCAUUCAGGGCACAUUAAGAGCGCGGCAAAGCUGUGGCAGCUUACAUGGCAUGCACGGAAUCUGGUAGAGUUGUUCAAGCCGUUUACGGAAAACCAAUGGAUAUUUACUGCCGAUACUACAGAGAACACACUUAAAACCUGGGCAACAAAAGAUUUUUGGAUCGAUUCCCACGAAAUCGCGUGGGAACGUUACGUUGUGAAUUUCUGUGUAGGACUAAGAAAGUAUAUGCUGCACGAAGAUGUCAUCGAUGUGGAUAUUGAGGGCGUUAAUCAGACGCAGCUUGCACUUAACACUGACCGUAUUCUAGAAUGGGAUCCCGAUCAUCACGCGGUCUCGUUUCCUGGAUUGCUCUCGGAUGUGGCCUGGGCAUAUACAUCGAGCCGCAAGCCUGGAUACACCAAAUCGGGGUUACUUGGUCGUGUGAUGGGACUUACUGGGUGGAAGGAAGGUAUGAAUCACGAGGCAUCACACGUUUCUAGGCCCUAUGUUGAGUCCAUCGGUAGCCUUCGCAACAGCGUUUUGGAAUCGGAAAUUGUUCGCACUGCAAUAAAAGAGUGUGCUAUGGCGCAGGGGGUGGAUAAAGACGAGGUAGAUCGUCAAGCUGCAAGAAUUCUUAGUACGAUGGCUGCACAAUUGGACUACAAGGCUGUGCGCAAGUUUGGUUGGCUGCUUCGAAAGGUGUGCCGCAACAUGUAUGAUCAGAUCCACGUGGAUGAGACAGGUCUUACCCGUAUUCGUGAUCUUAUGGCCAAUCGCCGUGGCAGUGUAGUGCUUGUACCUACUCAUCGAUCAUACGUUGACUUCUUGCUUAUGAGCUACGUGUUCUUCGCCUACAAUAUCCCUGUUCCAUACGUUGCCGCUGGAGAAGAUUUCCUGCACAUGGGUAGCCUCACCAAACUACUACGCGGAUCUGGAGCGUAUUUUAUUCGCCGGUCUUUUUCUGAUGACCCCUUAUACUCGGCAGUAUUCCGUGCCUAUACACAACAUCUGAUAUCGAGAGGACACACGAUCGAGUUCUUCAUCGAGGGUUCUCGUAGCCGCAGUGGUAAACAACUCCACCCGAAGUUUGGCAUUCUCAAGACAGUUGUUGAUUGCUACCUAUCGGAAAAAGUCAAGAGCCUGUAUAUCGUGCCAGUGACUAUUGACUAUGAGAAGCCAUUGGAAGUCCUGCUCCACCAGAAUGAGCUUUUGGGCGAGGGCAAAAUUCGCGAGUCGAUCACGGCUUUGUUGAAAGCAAUACCAAUAGUACGCAAGAAGUUUGGCUCUAUCUCGGUGAAAUUUGGUGCGCCGUUAGACGUAAAGCAAUACUUUGAUGCAAAGCUUGCGCACGCGGAGAAGCAAGCGACGACUGUGUCAACGUCUGCUAUUGUUGCACAUCUCGGUUAUGCAAUCACAGACGCAUUAAUUGAAAACGCGACGUGUGCGAUGUCACACGUGGUAGCCACUAUCCUGUUGGUGCACCGUCAUGGAAUAUCCAAGCAGGAACUUGUACGCCAGGCAAAUUGGUUGAGACUAGAGAUUUUGCGUCGGGGUGGUCAAGUGGUGGGUACCCAGGGCCGGUCACCAACUGUUGUGGUAGACCGUGCACUUGAACUACUUCACGAGCUUGUCACCAUGCGACGUAAGGAUCUCGUCGAACCUGCCAUCACCAGUCGCGAGCAAUACCCCAAUAUGAUCGGCCUUGGGUAUUACCGCAAUAAGCUACUACACUGGUUCAACCUUGAAGGUGUGCUGGCUUGUGCAUACCAUGGUUUGGACGCAUGUAACCUGCUUUGUGGUAAUAGCAGCACUGUAUCAAGCAACUCGGAUGAAGAAGCAGGUGUAGACAGUCGGGAACUGCUCGAUGGCGCAUCGUUCUUGCACAAAAUGCUCACGAUGGAGUUUGUUCGCAAGGAUGACCCGGAGGCUGACCGUGCUCAUCUCGUCGAGGCGCUUGCACAGCUUGAGUCCCGCAAAGUGCUUAUUCCUGUAGUCACUUCGUCUUCGUCAUCACAACGCAUGGAAGUAGCCGACGGCGUAAUGCUGUCGUUGCUGAGCACUCUUGUGUGGCCUUUCAUCGAUAGUUACUGGGUCGCUGUCACAAGUCUAUUCGCAUUGCGCCCACACGGUGAAGUGACGACAGAGGACUUGCUCAAGCGCCUGCAAUGGCUUGCCGAAACGAUGUACCAUGAGAAACUUAUCAGAUUCUAUGAGUCGUGCUCACGUGAGACGCUGCAAAACGCUUUAAUAUUGCUAGAACGCUGGCGUGUGCUCUCCAGUCGCAACAAAAGCAAAGGCAAGUCCAACACAAGCAAGCCAGUAGUCCAGCUGCUUCGCCUGACUUCAAAGUAUGCAAGGGACGGUGAGCUGGAACAACUUGCUCGGCGUGUGUCUAAGUUUCGUAAGCUGCCUCCUAGCAUGAACCCUGGCACAACCAGCGAGACUGAAGUGCUCGCGCGCUUACCUGCUCUCUCUCGCAUGUAA